GGUUAGAGUCAUGAAAACUGGGAUUUAAUAUCAAGAACGUUUUCAUGACAAUGAAAGCAACAGAUAACUUUUUAAAUUUAAAUGGACAAUUUCUAUACUUAUGCGCGCCAAUAUUUCGAAAUAAUUUUUUUUAAUGAUUAAUAAUUUGUUUAAAAAUAAAAAAAAAUUCAAUAUUAUAUUUAUAUGUUGAAAAUGUAUGAGCGUGAGUGUAGCCUACAUGAAAAAAUUUAUACAUUUAAAAAAUGCGCAGUGAUUUUUGAAUUAUUUAAAUACGCAUUUAUAAAUUGCACGACUCUUAAUGCGAAGCAUUAGAGUGUGCUUUACGAUCGAAAUUUUUAUUCUACUUACAUUUUAUUUAUAAUUUCAAAAAUUGCCAAUCGUCAGCUACAUUCACACUCAUUGAAAAUGUAUCGAUAUUAUUUAAUGAAUGAAGGUACUUGUAUAUUUUUAUGUAUAAUUUACAUGAGAAUGCUCCUGUAAGUAUAUAUACUCAAGCUACACAAGUAACUGACAUCAUCUUAACGUCAGGUUUAAAUCUCCUUUCAGUUUAUUCUGUUUAUCACGCGGUGAGUAAUUACAGAUAAGGCGUCGCAAUAACUAUUUUAGAUUUUUUUAUACUUUUAAAAUUAAAAAAAUGUAACGAGAUUAAAAUAUCAAUUUUCUAUUAUACAAUUCAAAUAUUCAAACUAACAGAUUUAAUACAAAGUACAGGUACUAAAACAAUAUUUUAUAAAACUUUUAUUUUAAUGCAAGAGAUAUUUGAAAUGGUAACUUGAUAUUCAUUGUUGAGUGUGAAUAUACUUUUAAAAUUCUUGGAACGAUUGCAUAAACAUUUUAGAUGAAAAUUUCAUUAUUGUUUUUCAAGAAUCCCAUGAUCAUAAAAUCAUCGAAAUCAAUAAAAGUUUGCGAGUUAAUGAUGAAAUUCGUCUCAUUAAGUUUCAAUGAUAAUACAAAUAAACAAAAGAUUCUCGAGUUGAUUUCACAGUAUACUGUUCGAAUCCCAGAAAGAUACUGAAUACUUUGUCAUCGAUAGCAAAUUAAUAAUUAGUGAACAAUCUACAUAUAUGUAUAUAUAUAAAUACAUUUCAAUGAAUGGUAAUGCCAUAUAAAAUCUGUAUGGGAAUUUAUGAGAAUCUAUUGGAUUCUAUGAGAUCUUCUAAAGAGGUUAAAGCAACCGUCAGGGAUUGUAGGCCGUAACUAACAGCAAAAACUCAAAUUUUCCAUCACAAAUAAGUGUGACAUUGAGUUUAAAUGAAAGCAGUAAUUAAUUUCAAGUUCUGAAAAUCAUAAUGCCAGAAACAAUAGAAUCAUCUGGUUUUGAAGCAUCAAAACUUCUAUCACUGAUGUCAACGUCCCGAAAAAAAUUUAAAGAAGAGUUUAAAAAUUAUGAUAAAUCUAGCGUCGAGAAGCUUUACUCCGCUAUUUCAAAAGAGAUUUUCAGAACAAUCUCAACCGCAAAUUUUAAAGACUUUGAAAAAUUAAUUAAAUUAACUGAGUAUAUAAAAAAUAGUGGAGAUAAUUUAGCGCAAGAUCAUUUUCAUCGCAGUAUUUAUGAGCCUAUGAAAAAUUCAAAUUUUAUUAUUGUAGCCUGCAAAUAUAAUCAAGUGAGUGUCUUAGAAUAUUUGUUUGACAACCCAAAAGUUAUUAAUCUGUUUAAAAAUGAUGAUAAAAAUUUUUUAAAACCCGAUGAUAUUGAUGAAGAACGUCAUAAUGCGUUUUAUUAUGCAGUCCGUUCCGGAAACUGCAAACUUAUUGAAACACUUAUUAAUAAGUGGCCUCAUCAAUAUUGUCCAUUAGAAGCAGAAAAUUGUUGUUACUUACUAGCUCAAUCAUACGAGGAAUUAAAAUUAAAAUUUAUCACUUUAUCCGAUGAUGUAAAAAUUUAUGUUGAAAGCUUCUUAAUUGAUUAUCGUUUUUAUUUUGAUAGUUCCAAAAAUAAAAGUGAAAUCAUUAAAAUUUCUCAUGGAGAUAUUAAGCAAAGAAUUGAUUUGAUCCUUGACAAUAUUAAAUUACUAGUACGUGAAUAUUCAGAUGUAAAUGAAAAAUUUUAUUACAUUACAAGAUUUAUUUCACAAAAUAUUCAUAUUUUAAAACGUCAAUUGAAGUCAAUGUACAAUAAAUUACCUUGGGAAGAAAUAGAAUUUUGUAUGAUUGCUUUUAUUAGCAACGAACAAAAAUAUGAAACACAAAGUAAAGUAAUUUACAAUUAUUUUUUAACCAAAGAAAAAUUACUGGAUUAUUUAUACAAAUUUGGAGUUGCACUAGAGAACGAAAAAAAUAAUAUCGAUAAAUUAAGUGUUAAAGAAUUGACUAUUCUUCCAAAUGUUCAGCGCAAAAAUAUUGUUACUCUUAUUAUUGAAAAGCAUCCAGAGUUUAAAGAUCUGUAUGAUGAGUAUCAGCAUCUUAGAGAUACACAUUCUCUUGAAGUGAUAAAUGAAUACUUAGAUUUAGCAUUAUCAGCAAAUCCUAAAGAACGUGAAGGGCAAUUGAUAAUCAUCAGGGCUCUUCAAAUAAUGGGAGAACAUUUAAAAAAUACGCUAGAGUCACCGAACAUGUCACUAAUUAUCAGUGAUAUGUUGCUGUCAUCAUUACCAAUAAAUACCCGCAAAUUAAUAAAUGAUCUACGCAAUUCAUUAUCACAUCGUUUUUCAGCACCACAAAGAUUACAAUUGGAAACAAAUGCCGAUAAUUAUUUUUUUACGAAUCUUCAACAAGACGUUAAAGUGAUGAAUAGAAUUGUAGUUAGUGUACUUUACCAAACACGAUUUCAACAUAUUGCCGCAAUAUUAAAAAAAAUUAUCAAUUGUCAGGAUGCUGAUCAAGUUCGACGUGUACUUGAAAUAUUUCAUUUUGAUUUUAAAAAAUGGCUUACUUAUAAUAAAGAUGAUGAAAGUCAACAAAUAACGGAAUGGAUUGAAGAAUUGAAUUGUCUUAUUCAUGAAGAUAAUAAAGUAGGAAAAAAGUUAUUGGAUGAUAUAAAAAGAAUAAUUACUACGGAAUUUACAAGUAAAAACAAUGAAUUUGAUGUUUUCGCUAAAAUGGGGAUGAUAGAUAAUAUACGUAGUAUGAUGAAUAAAAAACAUAUUGAUGCUAAUGCUCUGAGAGGAUUUAAAUUCAGGUCGGAAGAAAUGUUAUCAAGUAUGCCUUCAAAUAUGAGCAAUAAAAGUGGCGAAAAAAUAAAAACGUUAUUUUUUAUGCUUUUUGGAAUGAUUCAAUCAACAUUGUCUUCUGAUGAUUUUUUUAGAGCAUAUGAAAUAAUGAACAAGAUUAUGUAUAGAUUAGGAUCUGACACAAAGGGUAUGCAGUGGGUUGAAGAAUUUCGUGAUAAAAUUGGAAAACAAUAUGAUAAUUUAAAUAAUAAAAACGAGGAAUUUAACUAUGGGAAUAAAAAACAAAACAAAAUUAAUAAAUUAAAUGAAGAUUAUAUUGAUAAAAUUUCUAUGCUGCAAAGUAUUUUUAAUGAUAAUCAAUUAAAUAAUUUUUCUGUUUUUAAAAAUAAUAAAAAAUUACAAGUCACUGUUGAAAUGCUUUUAUUGGAUGUUUUGUCUAUCUUGAAUGAACCGAAUAUUAAUAUUUUAACUGGAAAUAGACUAUUUUUAGAUAAUAACUCACCAAUAUUGAUUGGGAAAAAUUUACGCAAUCAUUUAGCUCACGGUAAUGAUAUUGUCAAGAUAAUGCAGUUCGAUCCGACGAUAGCUGUUUUUCUGAAUGCUAAAAAAUUAAUAGCAGGCAAUGUCAUAGAGAGCAAACGGAAAGUUGGUAAAGUCACGCCGAGUAAUUUAGAAAACUUAAAAAAAAAAUAUGAACAAGAGAUCAGUAUUAUUGACAAUCAAAAAGAUAUGUUUCGAGCAUUAGAGCAAGGUGAUUUAGAGAAACUAAAGGAGACACUGAAAAGAGGAGCUGAUAUAAAUGGUAAAAGUUGUAAUUCAUGGACUGCUUUACAUUAUGCAGCUAAAGGCCCCAACAUUGAAGUUGUAAAAUUUGUUCUUGAUAAAAAUGUAAGCCCACAAAUGACAAACGGUUUUAAUCAAAGUGUAUUGCAUGUAGCUGCUGAGUACGGACGAAAAUUGGCUGUCGAAUUGCUUAUAAAAAAUAAGUGUAAUGUCAAUGCUUUGGACGAUGAAGGGCAAUCACCGUUGCACAAAGCCGCUGAAAAUGGUCACGAAGAAAUAGUUAAAAUUUUGAUGAAAAAUAAUGCCGACACUAGUAUUCAAAAUAGUUAUGGCUAUUCAGCAUUACACAAUGCGGUAUUAAAUAAUCAUAAAAGUGUCGUUGAAAUUUUAUUGAAGAGAGAACGUCAUGUAAAUUUAAAUGAAGCUGCUGGAGGUUUUACUAUGUUGCAUUUAGCUGCGGAAUUAGGGCAUACUGACAUAGUUGAGUAUUUAGUUAAAUAUAAUGCAAAUGUUAACAAAAGAACGCAUCAAAAUGCUACACCUUUACAUGGAGCAGCACUUAAUGGUCAUCUGGAUGUUGUUAAAGUAUUAAUUUCUCAUGGUGCUGAUAUUCAUGCUGUUACUGUUAGUGAAUUGACAGCGUUGCACAAUGCUGUUGAAACGAAUCGCGAAGAAAUAGUUGAACUUUUACUGCAACGCGGCGCUAAUGUUAAUGCACGUGGCCCAGUUGAUAAUUUCGCAGCUAUAAAUUAUACCGCUGAAAAGGGAUACUCAAAUAUGCUGAAAUUAUUAAUUAAAUAUAAUGCAGAAGUAAAUAUAUCGACUUCUGAUGGAAGAACACCAUUACAUAUUGCAGCAUUCAAUGGCCAUGUAGAUAUUAUUGAUAUUUUAAUAAAGAAUAGAAUUUCAAUUGAUUUUCAAAGUAAAGAUGGUAGUACUCCUUUAUGCUUUGCUUCAGCUCAAGGUCAUGAUCAUGUACUUAAAUUUCUAUUAAAAAACGGUGCUUCGACUGAAAUUCGAAAUUUUCAAAAUUUAACAUCAUUACAUAUUGCAGCACUCCAAGGACAUAAGAAGUGUGUUGAAGUAUUGCUAGAUUGGAAAGCUGAUAUUCGUGCUAGAACAGUUGGCGGAAAAACAGCACUGCAUUUAAGUUCACAGAGUGGACAUCUCGAUACAACAGAAUUAUUAAUAACCAGAGGUGCAAAUAUUAAUGAAAAAGACUCUCUAGGACUGACAGCAUUGCAUGACGCAUCAUGUUCUGGAGAAGUUAAAAUUGUUGAAAUAUUAAUCAAAGCUGGCGCAAAUAUUAAUUUGCUAGAUUUCAGUGGCAGUUCGCCUUUGAAAUUGGCUAUUUUACAAGGUCACACAGAAAUUGUUGAAUAUUUUAUUAACAAUGAAUUAGAUAUUAAUUAUGAACAACUAAAUUAUGAAUCACUUGAAAUCGCUUUAAAUCAUAAUUAUCAAGCGAUUGCUAAAAUGAUUAUCGAAAAAAAUACAUCAAUAAAUUUUAGAAAUGAACAAGGUCAUUCUCUGCUUUAUACCGCGGCAAAAAAUAACCAAAUUGACAUCAUUAAAUUAUUGCUAAAACUCGGAGCUCGAGUAAAAAUCGGUAAUAGUGACGUUAUAGUUUCAGCAGUUUUUUCUGGGCAUAAAAAUGCCGUGCACACUUUGAUUACUCAUGGGAAUAUAAAUAUAAAUGAAAAAUUAAAGGAAAAUAUGUCAUUGUUACAACUUGCCGUUAUAAAUGAUCAUAAAAAUAUUGCUGAGCUUUUGUUAGAAAAAGGAGCUGAUGUAAAUGCUGUUUGUCCUGAUGGAACAUCACUACAUCUAGCGGCAUCGAAAGGUCAUUACGAAAUGAUAAAACUAUUACUGGAUAACAAUGCAGAUUCCAGUAUAAAAGAUGAUAAAAACCGUACCGCUAUAGAGAUGGCUUUGAACGAUUCACAUGAUCAUAUUAGAAGUUUUAAAAUAUUAUUUGAACAUAAAAAAAUAGAUGUAAACUAUAGAUGUAAUAAUGAUGAAGAGUGGACGUUGCUACACAUCGCUGCUCAGGCAGGUAGUUUACCGAUAACAGAAUAUUUGAUUGAAAAAGGAGCUGAUAUAAACUUACAAAACAAACAUUUUUCAAAACCCGUUCACAUUGCAGCCCGUGAAGGACAUAAACAUCUCGUCGAAUAUUAUAUAAAUAAAAACAUCGACUUAUAUGAUCGUGGUGCAGCUGGUUGGACGUUAUUGCACUAUGCUUCUUUCGGGAAAGGAAAAGAUGUUAUUAAUUAUUUAUUUGAUAAAAAUUUCGAUGUUAAUAUCAUUGAUCUUAGAGGUCAAACGCCAUUGCACGUUGCAUCGGAAUACGGUUCCAAAGAUAUUGUUGAAAUUUUAUUAAGAAAUGGUGCUAGUUAUGAUUCUCUUGAUAUAUUUAAAAAGAAACCAUCACAAAUAGCUGGAGAUACAAGUAUAGUUGAUUUGUUUAAGUGUAUUGAUAAAUUAUUCAAAGCAGUUAAACAAAAUAAUGUUAAAGAGACAGAAUUUUGUGUUAAACAAAAAGCUAUAAUUAAUACAAUUAAUAGUGAUCGAGUAACGGCUUUGCACUAUUCUGCUUGGAAAGGCUACACAGAAAUAGUUGAAAUAUUGUUAAAUAAUGAAGCUAAUCCUAAUAUUGUCAAUAAAAAUGACAGUACGCCAUUACACUAUGCCGCGAAAUUUGGAUACCCGGAAAUCGUAAAAAUUUUAUUAAAUAAUGGAGCUAUUUAUAAUGCGAAAACCAAAAAAGGUAAUACUCCAUUAGAAUUAGCGACACAUCCAGAAAUCAUUAAGUUAUUAAAAUUAAUUAAUCGAUCAUUCAUCAGCGUUGAAAAUGGAAGUAUUAAAAUUAUUGAUGAAUUAAAAAACGUUGAUAGUUUGGAUACAUUGAAAUCAAUUAUGAAUGCCCAAAACAGUGAGGGUAAAACACUGAUAGUUACGGCUAUUAAUAGAAAAUUUAUAGGAACUGAUGAUUUGAAAGAAAUUUCUCUAGGUGAUUGUAUGUAUUGGACAAGUGAAUUUAAUAAGAUGAUGAUUCACGAAAAGUAUCAAGAGGCUCUGAAUUUAUGUAAUAGUGUUUUGGAAAGAAGAAAAAAAAUUUUAGGUUCUGACGAUCCAGGUAUUUUAGAUAUUAAAUAUAGUAUCGCUUUAAUUAUUUACAAACAACAAAAUUAUCAAAAAGCUCUGGAUAUGUGUACUGAAAUAUACGAGAAACAGAAACAAAUUUUAGGCCCAGGUGAUAGCUAUAGUUUGAGAACAAAUUGCAUAAUGGCUAUGGCGUUGCAUAGACUUGGAAGAAAUCCUGAAGCUUUAGUUUUAUUUGAAGAAACGUACGAGAAACAAAAAAAAAUAUUGAGCCCGAACGAUGAAGAAUUAAUUAAAACUCAAAUUCAAAUGGGUCUAGUUCUAAUGAAUUUACAAAAAUAUGAUCAAGCAUUACUUUGUUACAAAAACGCACUUGAAAAAAUUCGUAAAACCGAUGUAUAUAAUAUUCUCGUAAUUCAAAAUAAUAUUGCACUGGUUUACAAUCUGCAAAAUAAAUAUGAUGAAGCACUCGAAAUGUAUCAAAAUGUCUAUGAAUUAAGAAGAAAACUUUUAGGGCCGAAUCAUUCUGACACUUUAAGAGCGAUGUUUAAUAAAAUUCUAGUACUAGCAGCUCAAGAAAAAUAUAGUGAUGCAUUAGCAGCUCUUGAAAAACUUUUGACUUCGCAAACUAAGGCAUUAGGACCAAAUCAUAUUGAUACUUUGACGACUAAAUUAAAAAUCGGUGACAUUUAUUUUCAUCAAAGAAAGUUCUUUAAUGCUUUCGAAACUUAUACAAGCAUUAAAGAACCAAUGACAUCUAUUCUAGGAUCAAAUCACCCUCAAUUGAUAUUAUUGAAAGGAAAAAUUGAAGGAAUUCAAAUGUCUUAUCAAUCAUCUGGUGAUGCUCGUUUCUUGAAUUAUUGUAAAAAAAAUACAGAAAUCAGUGAAGUCGUCAAGUGCAAAGAGUCUGUUGAUACUUUAUUAAAAAGUGGUUUCAAUAUAAAUGCUAAAGAUAGUAGUGGUCUAACUUUACUGCAUUAUGCGGUAAAUAAUGAAGAUGAAAGUAUUGUCAAAUUUUUAUUAAAAAAUAACGCAGAUUGCUGCGCAAUUUCUAGUAAGGGUAAUACUGCAUUACAUUUUGCAGUGAUAAAAAAUAACAGAAAUAUAGUUAGCGUCUUACUGGAACAUGCUAAACGAAUAAUGAAAAAUUGUGAAUUACAUGAGUUUAUUAACAGUAAAACUAAAAAGGGUGGUAUGACGUGUAUGCAUGUUGCAGCACAAAAAGGCUUUGAAGAUAUUGUGGUAAUUUUAUUAAAAUACGGAGCGAUUUAUGAUGGAAAAAAUUUAACUGAUAAAAAAACUCCAUACGAUCUUUGUAAUAAUGAUAGUAUAAAAAUAUUGUUAAACUUAAUUGACGACUUUUUUAAGGAUGCUAAAAAUGGAAAUGACUUACUUGUUAUUAAACUACGAAGACUUGAUGUUGAAAAAUAUACAGCGAUUCUCAAUGCCCGUAAUACUAAUAGCGAAACAUUAAUAAACGUUGCACUUUCUCAGAAACACAAAAUUUUAGCUCGUAAGUUAUUAGAAACUCUUAAAAAUAAAUUUUAA